CUGCCAAAAAUGUGACUGCAUCCUUGACACCUGACAUGAUGGAAUCUGGUCCGUCACCGUCCACAGACUCUCUGCACCUCUACACCGACAGCUACGUCAACUACAGUAACACCUGGCAUGGCCUCUUUGAUGGUGAUACUCGGGCCAAAAAUCAUACCGUGACCCUUCACGACCAAUUCUACAGCGCCCUGCUGGGAGUCUUUCUCGGACUGCUGUGCCUCCUCACCAUCAUAAUGAACCUGCUGGUGCUGUAUGCUGUCAAAAAGGAGAAGAGUCUCCACACUGUGGGGAACCUUUACAUCGUUAGCCUCUCAGUGGCAGAUCUCAUCGUGGGAAUGACAGUUAUGCCUCUGAACUUGGUGUAUCUGUUGGAGGACAAGUGGAAGCUGGGUCGGGCUGUAUGCCAGUUUUGGCUGAUUAUGGACUACGUAGCCAGCACAGCCUCCAUUUUCAGCCUGUUUAUCCUCUGUUUGGAUCGGUACCGCUCAGUCAGACAACCGCUUAAAUACCUGAAAUAUCGAACACGGGGAAAAGCCAGCGUAAUGAUCUCCGGAGCUUGGCUACUGUCAAUAAUGUGGAUUAUUCCUAUAUUAGGAUGGAGAUCUUUCACACAUGUAGACCUCAAACCUGAGGAGGAGAACAAUUGUGACACAGACUUUCGUUUUGUCACAUGGUUUAAAGUCAUUACUGCAGUUUUCAAUUUCUACAUACCCUCAAUUUUGAUGUUGUGGUUUUACACGCAUAUCUACUUGGCGGUACGGCAGCAUCUAAGAGACAGGAAGAAAAUCAUUCACCCGACCGAUUCAUUUGCUGAAAACCAGAAUGAAGGAAAUGCGCCAAGUACAGAGAAAAUUGACUCAAAAUCCUCCAUGAAAGAUAAAGCGGUUUCAAUGAAACAAUCAAAAAAAGACAGAUUGCUGGACCAAAACACCCUCGACCAGGCAUAUGCCCUUGAGGAUUCUGAUAAAACCCAAGGUGUUGCUUUAAGAGCGCACCGAAAAAUUGGUGUAAAGCGUCAACAGACGUCAUUGCUCUCCAUGACAACAAAACGAUUCAGAAUGGCACACAAAUCUAAAACAUGCUCUUUGUCUCCUGAAGAGAUUCAGCCAGACGCAGCGAUUCAACUGAGCCAACCACCAGCUGCACAGGAUGCCACUUGCUCAGGUGGGGGCAAUGAGGGCAAAUUUCAAGCCUCACUUAAUGAAUGUCAUGUCACAGUGCCGAACUUGGUGAGCGGAGUAUGUGACAGUCAAGUGUCAGACAUGCAGAGAUACACGUCUGUGCUCUACAACAGCUAUGACCCGAGUCAAGCUCUGCCGUGGCCUGAGGAAGUCGCUGAAGACGCCAAAAUAGACCCGAACAACGCUGUAACUCUGAGACAGGCGUGGCACAGGUUUAUCGACCAGUCGAGACACCGUAUUCAAAGUCUGAGGAUUCAUAAGGAGCACAAAGCGGCCAAGCAGCUGGGUUGCAUUAUUGCUGUUUUCUUACUGUGUUGGAUACCGUACUUUAUAUCUUUCAUGGUCAUGGCAUUCUGUAAGGAGUGUGUGCACCAUGAUCUUCACAUGUUCACCAUAUGGCUAGGUUACAUGAACUCUACUUUGAACCCUUUUAUAUACCCUCUCUGCAAUGGAAACUUCAAACGGGUCUUCAAAAAUAUUCUCAAAAUUCAUUUUUAACCAAGUGGGCAUG